GUUCAUGGGUGAGAUGUGAGGCUCUGGAUGAACCCACAGCCUUUGGGGGUUCAGAUGAAGAGACCCUGCAAAUGCCAAAGCCUUGAGGAACAAGAGAAGGAGGAUGCAGGCUUCUGCCACCAUUUCUCCACAAAGGAGAAGACCCCCCAGAUCUGUGUGGUGGGCAGUGGCCCAGCGGGCUUCUACACGGCCCAACACCUGCUAAAGGGAGCUCCAAGCUACUGGCUGUGCUCCUAAGACAGGACCACAUGCAGCACGUUUGGGACAGUGGCCCUUAGCUUGAGUCAGGCACUGAGCACAGCAUCUCGUAGCAUCCUCAUGACAACCUGCAAAGCAGGUGUCGUGCCUCUUGCUUCACAGCAGCACCCCCAGGCCCACGUGGACAUCUACGAGAAACAGCCCGUGCCCUUUGGCCUGGUGCGCUUUGGCGUGGCGCCCGAUCACCCCGAGGUGAAGGUGGGUGUCUCUGGGCCUGGAGGCUGGGGUUUGGAGACUUUGGUCAAGAUGAGGAGGGCAGGGAGGCUCCCUGGCUGGAUGACAGGACUUCAUGCCGUCUGUGCCGAUGCCACCCAGCUUCCAUCCUGGGGACAGAGUGGUGAGGGUGGUGCAGACAUGGUCCCUGGAGCUGCCUCACCCUCUAACCCCUCCCAUUCCCGGGGGACCUGGCAGAAUGUCAUCAACACAUUUACCCAGACGGCCCACUCUGGCCGCUGUGCCUUCUGGGGCAACGUGGAGGUGGGCAGGGACGUGACGGUGCCGGAGCUGCGGGAGGCCUACCAUGCUGUGGUGCUGAGCUACGGGGCAGAGGACCAUCGGGCCCUGGAAAUUCCUGGUGAGGAGCUGCCAGGUGUGUGCUCCGCCCGGGCCUUUGUGGGCUGGUACAACGGGCUUCCUGAGAACCAGGAGCUGGAGCCAGACCUGAGCUGUGACACAGCCGUGAUUCUGGGGCAGGGGAACGUGGCUCUGGACGUGGCCCGCAUCCUACUGACCCCACCUGAGCACCUGGAGAGAACGGACAUCACGAAGGCAGCCCUGGGUGUACUGAGGCAGAGUCGAGUGAAGACAGUGUGGCUAGUGGGCCGGCGUGGACCCCUGCAAGUGGCCUUCACCAUUAAGGAGCUUCGGGAGAUGAUUCAGUUACCGGGAGCCCGGCCCAUUUUGGAUCCUGCGGAUUUCUUGGGUCUCCAGGACAAGAUCAAAGAGGUCCCCCGCCCAAGGAAGCGGCUGACGGAACUGCUGCUUCGAACGGCCACAGAGAAGCCAGGGCCGGAGGAGGCUGCCCGCCAGGCAUCGGCCUCCCGUGCCUGGGGCCUCCGCUUUUUCCGAAGCCCCCAGCAGGUGCUGCCCUCACCAGAUGGGCGGCGGGCAGCAGGUGUCCGCCUAGCAGUCACUAGACUGGAGGUGAGUCUCAUGUUUCCCAAAGACACCCCCUUCCCAGGCCUCUGCCACCCCGCCUGCUGUUGCCCACACUCUCCCCAACAGGGUGUCCAUGAGGCCACCCGUGCAGUGCCCACGGGAGACAUGGAAGACCUCCCUUGUGGGCUGGUGCUCAGCAGCAUUGGGUAUAAGAGCCGCCCUGUCGACCCGAGCGUGCCCUUUGACUCCAAGCUUGGGGUCAUCCCGAAUGUGGAGGGCCGGGUUCUGGAUGUGCCAGGCCUCUACUGCAGCGGCUGGGUGAAGAGAGGACCUACAGGUGUCAUAGCCACAACCAUGACUGACAGCUUCCUCACCGGCCAGAUGCUGCUGCAGGACCUGAAGGCUGGGCUGCUCCCCUCUGGCCCCAGGCCUGGCUACGCAGCCAUCCAGGCCCUGCUCAGCAGCCGAGGGGUCCGGCCAGUCUCUUUCUCAGACUGGGAGAAGCUGGAUGCCGAGGAGGUGGCCCGGGGCCGGGGCACGGGGAAGCCCAGGGAGAAGCUGGUGGAUCCUCAGGAGAUGCUGCGCCUGCUGGGGCACUGAGCCCAACCCCUGCCCCCGCCCCCAGCAGGGAAGGAAUGAGUGUUGGGAGGGGAAGGGCUGGGUCCGUCUGAGUGGGACUGUGCACCUCUGCUGAUCCCGGCCGGCCCUGGCUUGGAGGCUUGGCUGCUCUUCCAGCGUCUCUCCUCCCUCCUGGGGAAGGUCGCCCUUGUGCGCAAGGUUUUAGCUUUCAGCAACUGAGGUAACCUUAGGGACAGGUGGAGGUGUGGGCCGAUCUAACCCCUUACCCACCUCUCUACUGCUGGACUGUGGAGGGUCACCAGGUUGGGAACAUGCUGGAAAUAAAACAGCUGCAACCAAGGGC